AUGGAGCGGUCAGCUGUUUUCGGCCUCUCUCUGGCCCUCGCCCUGGUUCUCUUCGGUUCGACCUCUUGCACUCCCUCUGGCCCUGCCUCUCCCACCUGUGCUACACUGGAACAGAGCAGGUUCUUUGGGGUUUUCUCCUCCACCACGACUCUCCCCACGGCUCCCUGCUCCUGGACCCUGCAGAACCCAGACCCUCGCCGCUACAACGUCUACAUGAAGAUCACCAAACCAACAGUCACCUGCGUCCCCCGCCAAAUCCGCACCUUUCAGUUUGAUUCCUUCAUUGAGACCUCCCGUACCUACCUGGGCAUGGAGAGCUUUGAUGAGGUCGUCAGGCUGUGCGACGCUUCUACCACUGUCACCUACCUUGAAGCCAGCAAGCAGUUCCUCCAAAUGCGCAAAGUGGCACCAACCAACGCCCUGGAAGUUGUGGAGGAUGUGAGCGAGUUCAAAGCCGAAUUCCUGGUGGUUGGAAAGAGGAACCCAAGCAUGCCUGCGUGCCAGAUGCUGUGCCAGUGGUUAGAGAAGUGUCUUAACAGCAGCACCCAUGACUACCCCUGUGGCAUCAUGAACACCCCUUGCCAAUGCUGGGAGACCCCCAAGAGGAAGCCCGGAAGCUGCUACAGAGGAGGGGUCCUGGUUGAGAAGUGCCUACCUGCUCCCAAAGACAAUGGGCGUGAUGCUGAGAUUAUCAAGGGUUGGGCCACUUGGGGGCGCUGGUCCGUGUGCAGCCAGGAGUGCGGCGGUGGAGUGCAGGUGCGUAGCCGUUCCUGUCAGCCAAAUGAAGCCGCAUGCGAAGGGACCGUGGAGGAGGGACGAUCCUGCAACCCCCAACCCUGCAUUGGCAAAGAGCGAAGCAAGAGCUCAGGACUGAGAGCUAUCGUUGGUGCGAGAAGAGAUGAUGUUCAGGGACUUGUUGCAAACCCAAUAGAUUCUCAAGCUGAUGCCUGGACUCCCUGGAGUGCCUGCUCACAGACCUGUGGAGAGGGCUGGCAGAGUCGUACGCGUGUCUGUGCCACUUCCUCUUUCAAUACCCAGUGUAUUGGACCCCUCAAAGAGACCCGCCCAUGCAACAACACUGCUGUCUGCCCCGUGGACGGUGCCUGGGAUGAGUGGGCCCCUUGGAGUUUGUGUUCAUCUACCUGUGGCCGUGGGUACCGUGACCGUGUGCGCACAUGCAAACAGCCUGAGAACGGAGGAGAGCCGUGCAGGGGCCCAACCAGACAAACCAAAUUCUGCAAUAUUGCCGUAUGCCCAGUGGACGGACACUGGAAUGAGUGGACCGCCUGGAGUACCUGCUCUGCCACUUGCUCAAAUGGGACCAGACAAAGGACAAGAGAGUGCAAUGGGCCUUCCUAUGGGGGCUCCGAGUGCCAUGGCAGCUGGAAAGAAACUGACAACUGCUUCCUUAAAGAAUGCCCUGUUGAUGGACGCUGGCAUGCAUGGACCACCUGGGGCAGCUGCAGUAAGACUUGUGGUGGAGGCGUACAGCAGAGACAGCGAAUUUGUGAGGGUCCCUUCUUUGGUGGAGAGCCUUGCAAUGGAGACAACCGUGAACAGAAGAGGUGCAAUGAGAAGAGAUGCCCUGAGCCCCAUGAGAUCUGCCCUGAGCAAAACACAGGCGAUAUUGUGUGGAAGAAGACCCCUGCUGGUGAUAUGGCUGCUAUUCCUUGCCCUUCUGAUGCGUCUGGUCUCAUUCUGCGCCGGUGCACCCUGGACGCUGUCGGUCUUGCCUUCUGGGAGAAUCCAACUCACAUCAAGUGCAUUUCCAAGAAUUAUGAGAACAUUCAGUCCCUGUCCAGGGAUUACAACGCCAAAGCGCAGAUGGGCCAGAGCGUAGAUGGAAUAGCUGAGGUGAUUUCACGCCUUAGAUUUUCCUCGGACGAAGGAGCCAAAUACAGUGGGGACCUGUUGGCUGUUAUGGAAAUCCUUAAAAAUACCACGGAAGUGUACAAAGCAACCCGAUUGAGGCUGAGCAACGCAGACGUAGAGAACUUUGUCCAGACCAUCAGCAACUUACUGAAGGAGGAGCACCGUGACAAAUGGGAAGAGUCACAACUGAUGGGGGCCAGCAUCAAAGACUUCCUCCGCCUGGUCGAAGACUUUGUGAACAUGAUUGGUAUGCAAAUGAGCGGCUUCCAGGACAUUUACGAAGUCACAGAAAAUUUAGUGAUGAGCAUCCACAAGCGCCCCACCAGCACAAACUCCAACUUCACUUUCCCAGUAAAAGGGUGGAGGGGCAUGUUGGACUGGGUGAGGAGCUCUGAGGAGAAGAUCACAGUUAGCCGCGAUGCAUUGUCCCUUGAGCAAGCCGAUGGCAAUGAUGCGUUUGUGACUGGCAUCGUCCUCUACAAAAACCUUGCAUCGAUCUUGUCCUUUCAGAGCAACGCCAGCUUGUUUAACUCCAAAGUUGUCACUGUAAUCGUCAGCCCUACUCCCAAUCUGCUCUCAUCUCCUGUUGAAAUCGAGUUCCCACAUCUCCACAAUGAUACUAUGAAUGAGACGUGCCUGUCUUGGGACGAAAGUGAGACUUCCUCUCUGCUCGGGUCUUGGUCUGCUCGAAGCUGCAGAGCGGUGCCCGUCCAUUCAUUCAGAACCAAAUGCGUGUGUGACAGCCUCUCCACCUUCGCCAUUUUAGCUCGCGUCAACUUCGAUUCGAUCAUGGAUAAGUCACUACUACCCUCUGUAACGCUCAUUGUUGGCUGUGGGGUCUCCUCUCUUACCCUGCUACUUCUCAUCAUCAUCUAUGUGUCCGUAUGGAAGUAUAUUCGCUCUGAGAGAUCUGUUAUCCUUAUCAACUUCUGCCUCUCCAUCAUCUGCUCAAACGCCCUCAUUCUGGUUGGACAAACUCAGGCUCGCAACAAGGUGGUGUGCACUCUGGUAGCUGCCUUCCUCCAUUUCUUCUUCCUGUCUUCUUUCUGUUGGGUGUUGACAGAAGCUUGGCAGUCGUACAUGGCUGUCACUGGCCGUCUGCGCAACCGUAUUAUCCGCAAACGCUUCUUGUGCCUUGGCUGGGGACUGCCUGCAUUGGUCGUGGCUGUGUCUGUUGGCUUCACAAAGGCAAAGGGAUACGGCACUGUCAAUUAUUGCUGGCUAUCUCUUGAAGGCGGACUCCUUUACUCCUUUGUUGGCCCCGCAGCAGCUGUCGUCCUGGUGAACAUGGUCAUUGGUAUUCUGGUCUUCAACAAGCUGGUGUCCAAGGACGGCAUCACCGAUGUUAAGCUGAAGGAGAGAGCAGGGGCCUCUCUGUGGAGCUCUUGUGUAGUUCUGCCCCUUCUGGCUCUAACUUGGAUGUCUGCAGUCCUCGCUAUCACUGACCGCCGCUCUGCCCUGUUCCAAAUAUUAUUUGCUGUUUUCGACUCCCUGGAGGGCUUUAUCAUUGUCAUGGUGCACUGCAUUCUCCGCCGUGAGGUCCAAGAGGCUGUAAAGUGCAGAGUAGUGGACCGCAAGGACGAUGGUAACGGAGACUCUGGCAGCUCCCAUCACAACAGCCACUCACAGCAUAUGCAGUCUGACAAUGAAAAGGACGGCGAUUCAAGCAGACAAGGUAUGAAGAGCUCAUCCGAGGAGAAAAUGGGCCCAUCCCAGAUGCCCCUGCCCAUGGGGUCCAACUUCCACACCCUGCCCUCCAAGCCAAGCAAGAGCCACAUGCAGGCUGUCCCAGAAUACUCCAGUCACACCCUCACUCUCAAACGUGAAAAGGGGCUAGUGGCUGGGGGUGUGGACCCAACAUGCGGCAAGCCAGUCUACGUGUGCGAAGGAGAGCUUUUCCAACAACUUGAUGCUGAUUUAGCUCGUGUCCAAGCGGAGGGGAGCAUGUCUGAUGGAAGUGGGUACAUUCUUAUGCCCAAUACGACGUCAACUCUACGCAAACCAAAAGAUGAUCCAACCAAGUACAACAUCGCCGUAGAGCAGAUGCCCCAAGCUAGACUUAUGCACCUGGGAGGGCCAUUCGCAGAGCCACAAGCCGCUUUCGGGAUCCAGGGUAUUCCACCGGAUCAAGUCAGCAUGUCCUAUUCGGAAAGGGACUCCCCAAUUCAAAAUAUCCACAACAUGUCCAGCGAAUCGCACAUCACCCACAGCAGCCUGGAGAACACUUUUGAAUCUAUGAACUCCAUGAUGUCCAAGAGUGAGACCAUCUCCACGCUAUCAAUGAGCUCUCUGGAGAGGCAGAAAUCCCGUUAUGCUGAGUUGGAUUUCGAGAAAAUAAUGCACACCAAGAAGCGCCACCAGAACAUGUUUCAGGACCUCAACAGGAAGCUACAUCACGCUGAGAAAGACCGAGAGUCACCAGCUUCAGAUAGCAAGUCUGUGAGAUGGAGUGUCUCUUCUGGAGGAAGUGACAAAACCAACCACAGCGACAAACAGCAAGCUUCAAUGGAGAGGCCAUGGGAAGGAGUCCGUGGUAUUCCCCAAUCACCUCCCGCUUGGGUACGGAAAGACAUGGAGCCUCUCGCCGCCUCGCCUCUGGAGCUGCACUCGGUCGAAUGGGAAAAAACCAGCACCACUAUCCCAAUGGUCGGACAGGACAUUAUCGACCUACAAACCGAAGUCUGA